UGAGUGGAGUGGUCUUAGCAUGCGGCGACUGCUGGGAUUUAUUUUCUGGAGCAGAGGCUAGCCACCACGCUGUCGCUGCUCAAGAGGCGCUAUUUCCAACACCAAGAAGCGGCUUCGAACAGCUUAACGAAGCAAGGCCAUCUUUUCACGCAGCCAAGCAUGCUCCAAGAUUCCUGUUCUUGGACGUUGAAGAUAGUUGCUAGCAGAAUAGACAUGUUUAUUCACCAACAACAUCCAGCAGUAAGCAGACACAGACAGACACCCGCUGAUACUUUUUGUGGCAAUUGAUGCCAAUUGAUCGAUGGGCUUUUGGAUAUUUCGCAUCCAAGCUCACCCCUGCCACCUCACCGCGAACAGCCCCCCCUCCCUCCAGUCUUUCGUCAGCGCGCGCUGCUCCACUCCGGUAGCUUACUCACUUCCUCACUGCUUCGUACACGUACUGUACCCUUUUGUACCGAUCUCUUUGCGUGUUCUCACAUGUUCCUCCGCAGAUCGCAUCUUCAAGCCUCAAUUUUGUCGCAGUGCAGAUUACGAAAUAUCAAAUGGUUUUCUACACAGUUCACAGUUCACAGUUCAUAGCUCACAGCUCGCAGCUCGCAGCUCGCAGCUCACACCCCGGCUGUUCCGAUUUCUCGUUGACAGACUCAUCCCAGCCACCGAACUUUCCAAACGUCCAAGCGAAAAGCUUAUCACGGUUCUUAUCCCUACGUCACACGAAGAAUUUCUUUCUGUGGUGUCCUUGGACCAAUCUUUCCAAACCCCCGUCAACAAAACAUCCUCGAGUAACAUGCCGUCAAAACAUGAAACGUACUCGCCACAUUCCAAUGCAGGGUUUCCAGAGAACAAACUUCCAAAUCAAGUUCCAGAUCAGCGUGCAUGCACAAGUCGUCCUGGCGGGGUAUCCACUUCUGCAAUGGCCCCUGUUCGUUCUAGCGACGAUGUGCUUCUCACUGCUACUAUGAAUAGAUUUGUGCAUGUUCGUUCCGUUGCCUCACCUCAACCCAUCCCACCAUCCUCCAAUCACAUUUCUUAAACCGCCGGAUUGGUUGAGGAAAGGCCAAUCACAAAGGUUUCAAGACAGGAAAUCGCCCGAUACGAAGUUGGGGGGGAGGCUGUGAGAAGAUCGUGGGAUGAUUUCAUCCCUGUGAUGCUUUU